CUUUACGCGACCUUAGGAGGGGAUGACAUCAAGAGACACGUGGAAUGUCUGCGCGAGCGAGUUGCUUCGAAUCAGCUGUUGAUUUCACGAUAGUUGAGCCGUUUAGCGCAUCUCUUUGAAGUUUCGCUGGUCACCAUGGCGGCAAACAAGACGGUUAUCGUUCUCGCGCCAAACGGUCGCCGGCAGAAUGUAAAAGUAACGAUUAAUACGACGAUCCUGCAGGUUCUGGAAGAGGUAUGUCAGAAGCAAGGCUACAACGUCGACGACUAUGAUAUUAAACACAAUCGUCAGAUACUAGAUCCUAAUACGAUAUUCCGCUUCACCGGUUUGCCGAAUAACGCUCAGUUGGAGAUGGUGGCCUGUACAAAAACUCGUACCACGUCGAACGUCACAAUUGGCAUUCAGCCGGAGGAUGGACAGAGAAUAUUGCGCGAAUUUUCGCCAGAUACAACGUUGGCUCAAGCGUUGAUGGAAAUGUAUCCUGAUUCUGAUCUUGAGAGAGCUGUGUUGAUUUACAUGCAUCGUGAAGUGUGUGGCAAAGAAGCAUUAGAGAAAACAACAUUAAAAUCGCUGGGACUCAAUAGUGGAAAAGCAAUAUUGAGAUUGAUAUAUCGUGAUCAUGAACAAUUAAAAACUCAGGCACACGUAUCUACGCCUUUGCUUCCAAAGUCAGUCGCGAAUGAUUCAUCGAGUGAUAAAGAUUACCAAAGAAAGCCAUCAUCCUCACUACAUUGUAGUAAGAUAAUAAAUAAGACAAUUAAUUUACCAACAGAAAGCACAUCAAAAAUAGAAAAUCAGGAAGAAUCGAGAGCUGAAGUGAAAAUAGACACAAAAGAUGAGAUAGUAAAUGCGCUUAGUAAUAAAGAACAAGAGAAAGAUACAUUUGAGAUAGGAGAAAGUCAUCCCAUUGCAUCCAGCCACGAAGAUCACGACGCUGGGACAAAUCGUCAUACUGCAGAAACAUGCGUAGAAGUCCAGGAAAACGCGUAUGAAAUUAAGUUUUUAGGAAAGAGAAAUGCUUUAGUGUUCAAUCAAGCUGGAACUGAAGCUUUCGCAAAGACACUUUUACGAGAUGCUAAGCGUCGCAGAGAGCAACUCGAGGACGCUCCGCUUUUGACGGAGGCGCAGCGUCAGCUGGAUCGAAAUAAGCACAUUCUGGAUCAAUUGGUCAAGUAUCGUCGCACCGUAAUUCGCAUACAAUUUCCUGACCAAUUCGUUCUUCAGGGUUUGUUUGAACCGCUGGAGACUAUCCAAGUUAUCAAGGACUUCAUCAAAAGCUAUUUGGAGAAUUCGGAUUGCGAAUUCACUAUUUAUACUAGCCCACCAAGGCAUAUUUUAAACCCCGACGCACGACUAAUAGACGAAAAUCUUGUUCCUUCUGCUAUCGUUUAUUAUUCUGGACCAUCAUCGCUAAACUCGAAUGUAAAAGCACAACUAACAGAUCCUAGAGCCGCUGGUAUUGAAGCUGUGAAAUCUAGAAUCGCCACAAUGCGGAAAGAACAAGAUCCAACGACUGAAAGUGAUAGAGGCACAGUUGUCGAGAGCAAUCAUGUCACUCCGGGACCGAGCGGUAGCAGCAAAUCAUCGUCAUCAUCAACUCAGAAUCAAAACAAGACACCAAAAUGGUUCAAACAGGCAUUCAAAUAAUCGAUUACGUAACAGCGCCGAAAGAUGGUUCCUUAAAUUUUAAUAUAAAUAAUAGGCUAUACGGAACUCUAUGAAAAUCAAUGUAUACACUAGCACAAACGCGUAUACAUGUCAUCAUAACGCAACAGUUCUUUUAACAAGUCUUAAUGAAAUAUACAAAUCUGUAUACAACAAACGUCCGUGUCUCUCAUUAUUCUAAUUGAAAUGUACAAAGCUCUUUACACGUAAGACUUUGAUGCUUAGUAAAAUUAGUUACAAAAGUGGAAACAAAAUGCUACAUAUACAAAUAGUAGGAUUCUUAAUAUCUAACUCUAUGAUCGCGAUAAUAACAUCUUAU